AUGGCCCUCCCCGCUCCGUGGCUAUCGUACAAGACAAAGGACGGCAAAGAAUACUACUAUAACCCCCAGACAAAAGUGACGACAUGGACGCGGCCUGCUGGAGGAUCCUCAUCGUCGUCGUCGUCGUCGGCGUCAUCCGGCAAAUCGGCACCCAAGCAGAAGAAUAGCAGCGCUUCGGCUUUGCCCACGGGAGGAGCGGGACGGGGUGGCCUUUUGGCCCAGAUCCAGCUAGGAACGAGUCUGAAAAAGGUCAGUACGGUGGAGAAGACGUUAUUUGCUGGUCAUCCUAGUGGAGGGAGCGGUGGAGGAGGAGCUGGACCCACAGACGCAGCUGCUGCGCCAGCUACAAGUGGAGGUGGAGGCAUGGGGGGCAUGAUGGCGGCUAUCAAGGCUGGAGGGAAUUUGAAAAAGGCUGCAAGCUCAGGUGCUGAGCGAGAAAGUAGCGCUAGUGGCUCGAGCGGCACAUCGAGCAGCGUGGGUGGAUUUGCAGAGAUCAUGCGGAAGAAUCGCGAAGCGGCGGCGCGAAAGUCCGGGAACGGCUCAACUCCGCCGACGCACUCUUACAGCUCGGCCCCUUCGACGCCACGUCAAGUGCCGUUCGCUACAAAUUCGAGGAGCACCGAGAAUGGCAAUAGCGCAGUGGAGAUGCGGUUAGCAGCAAUCGAGGGCAAACUUGACAAGAUUAUGGCCCAUCUGGGCAUCAGUUAG